GCAGCUUCAGGAGCUGCAGAGGCAGAAGGAGCUGGAGCGGGAGCGUCAGGAGCGCGAGCGCCUGGAGCGUGAGAUGAUGGAGCGCGAGCGUCAGGAGAGGGAGCGUCAGGAGCGUGAGCGGCUGGAGAGGGAGGCGCAGGCGGAGAGGGAGCGCGUAGAGCGGGAGCGCCAGGAGCAGCAGGAGCGCGCAGAGCGAGAGCUGAUGGAGCGGGAGAAGGCGGAGAGGGAGCAGCAGGAGCAGUUGGACAGGGAGCAGCAGGACUGGGAGAGAGGGAGACGCAUCUCCAACGCCGCCUUCGAAAGCACCCUGUGCGCCCCCUCGCCCCAGGAGUACAGCAGGACGUCCUCCACACCCGUGUCUCCGUCCGCCCCCGGCUACCCGAUUCCCACGGGCACGCCUUCUCCCUCCUCCGCCACACCUCCCACCCCACCGCUCCGACACUCGGCGUCCCGGUUCGCCACUUCACUCGGCUCCGCCUUCCACCCAGUGCUGCCGCACUACGCCACAGUACCCAGGAGACAGCAACAGCAAGCCCCGCCGCCUCAAACCUCACUCCAACCCCAGCCGCCCGCACCUGCCCCAGCCUCCGCCCCCUCGCCCAAAUCUGUGGUGUGGUCAGCCUGUAGUUUCACUCCGCUUCCCCCUUCGCCGCCUGUCAUGAUCAGCAGCCCCCCAGGGAAGGCCGCCGGGCCGCGUCCCCUCAUCGCCAUUCCGGUGCCUUCCCCUCUGACCCAGAAGCCCCCCUCGCCCUCCCCCAACGGCCCGCCCAUGUUCCCCGCACCCUCCCCGGUCACCAUCCCGCACAGCCACACCCCCAUGGGCAUCACCUGCCCCACCCCGCCACCCCCACCCACCCCUCCUCCCCCUCCUCCCCUACCAUCCCCCAUGACUCCCCUGAUCCCCUUCCCCUCCUCGUCCUCCUCCUUCGUCUCGUCUCCCCCCUCCUCAUCCCAGGCUCCUGGUGUGCCCUCUCCCUCCACAGCGCCCGCUGCUGCCGCCGCCACCACCGCUGCUGCCUCUGCAUCCGCUGAGCAGCUCUCUCUGUCUCUGGGCCUGCCGGGGCUGGGAGAGCAGGAGACCACCACAGGCCCAGAGCCCCCGACACCACAGGGGGGCUCCUCUUCUUCUCAGCCCCAGCCCCAGGACCUGGUUCAGACGCCAGGGCUGACUGCGCCCACCCCUCCCCCACCACCUCCCCUCCCACCCGGCUCCACUGUGACCUCAGCGAGCAUCACCCCGGUCAGCACCCCCACCACUCCAGCCGGCCACCCUCCCCCUCCUCCUCCUCCCCCCCUGCCUCCCACGCUGACCCCUGGCGGAACCCCUCCUCCGCCGCCCGGCCCCCCUCCCCCUCCCGGAGCUCCACCCCCGCCCCCUGCCCCUCCCUUGCCUGUUGGCCUCUUCGCUCCUGCAGAGGACCGACCCAUGUCAGGCCUGGCCGCUGCCCUCGCCGGAGCCAAGCUGCGCAAAGUGCCAAGGAGUGAUGAUCCUGGGGCAGCUCUGGCAGCAGCCAUGGCAGGGGUUGGAGGAGCCCCAGGGGCCAAAUCUGAGACCAGGGGCAAUGGCCCUCUGCCUGGGGGCGGAGGUCUGAUGGAGGAGAUGAGUGCCCUGCUGGCCAGGAGGAGAAGAAUUGCCGAGAAGGGCUCGUCGCCUGAACCCGAACAGAGAUCAGAGGAGGGCGAAGUAAACACAACUCCUAAAGUGUCAGCCUGUAGCACACCAGACAUGCCCAGGAAGCCGUGGGAAAGGACGAACACGAUGAACGGUAGCAAAUCCCCAGUUAUCGGAAGACGAGAGUCUCCGUGGAGAAAUGCCAUGGGAGCAGAUUCCUCCAACAGACCUAAAUCCACCCCCACACCCACCGGGUCCCUAAGUGCCAACGGUGUGCCAACGGAAGCGGUGGACUACGACAGAUUGAAACAGGACAUCCUGGAUGAGAUGAGAAAGGAGCUGUCAAAGUUAAAAGAAGAGCUCAUUGAUGCAAUUAGGGAGGAGCUGGGCAAGUCCAACACGGCGUAGAAGGAUCCCAUCUCCUCGUACACCACAUCUGCAUCCAUGUGACCCGACCAAACACCUGCGGUCAACUUUAGACACGAC